AUGUUCCUUUCAGCCACUUUUCAUUUAACUUUAGCUUUCUUACUUAAUCUUUCUCUCCUGCUUUCCUUCAUUCUCUCCUGCUUUCCUUCAUUCUCUCCUGCUUUCCUUCAUUCUCUCCUGCUUUCCUUCAUUCUCUCCUGCUUUCCUUCAUUCUCUCCUGCUUUCCUUCAUUCUCCUGCUUUCCUUCAUUCUCUCCUGCUUUCCUUCAUUCUCUCCUGCUUUCCUUCAUUCUCUCCUGCUUUCCUUCAUUCUCUCCUGCUUUCCUUCAUUCUCUCCUGCUUUCCUUCAUUCUCUCCUGCUUUCCUUCAUUCUCUCCUGCUUUCCCUUCAUUCUCUCCUGCUUUCCUUCAUUCUCUCCUGCUUUCCUUCAUUCUCUCCUGCUUUCCUUCAUUCUCUCCUGCUUUCCUUCAUUCUCUCCUGCUUUCCUUCAUUCUCUCCUGCUUUCCUUCAUUCUCUCCUGCUUUCCUUCAUUCUCUCCUGUGGAAAUUAA